ACAACACAAGAAAACGCGUUUUCUUAAAUUGGCAAAAUGCCACAUGCGUCCACUUAUAUCAGUGCAUUCCUAACAACAUAACCAUUACUAAAUUAUAUUCGAUCAAAUAAGCCUCACGAAGAAAAUUUGCAAUUACAUUUGUGUUGACCAAAUUCGACACGCUCUCACUGACCUCUAUACAAAAACUCCUCACUUCGUAGGCUUAUUUUCUUGACAGAUUUUGUUCAGAGUAAAACCUCUCGCUUCGCCUCUUCCUCUCUGAAAGAGGAGGAACGUCACUAUUUUGCUUUGUUUUGGUAGCAUCUAUUUUAGCUAGCUAGCGUUUAUAGGUUGAUAAUUAUCAAUAAUUUUGCGAAUUGUCUAAAUAGCUACGUCACUGAGCGAAGUGCAAACGGUAUUUAUGACAGGUGAGUGUGGAUGAUAUUCGCCCAAGGGAGAAGACAGUCAAGAGAGAGGAACUUUGAGAGAAUACAGAAUUGAUCCUGAUGACAUCCCAGUAACUGCACUUGAAACACAUGGCGAGCUGUGGCGAGGUGGACCACUCAGUGGACUCUAUGUCCCCCUCUAAGGUGGAAGACGGAGGGGACGCCUUCACUGGCGACUCCCCCAUCUCCCCUACCCCCUCGGCCAACCCUGUUCCGGAGUGUGCCAUCUGCCUCCAGACCUGUGUCCACCCGGUUCGCCUGCCCUGCCGCCACGUUUUCUGCUUCCUGUGCGUCAAAGGAGCCUCCUGGCACAGCAAGCGCUGCGCUCUUUGCAGACAGGAAGUACCUGAGGACUUCCUGGAGCAUCCCACUCUGCUGUCCCCAGAGGAGCUGAAGACAGCAGCCGCAGGAGGGCGAGGAGGAGCCGGGUUGGGGAGCGCUGGGGGAGACCAUGCAUGGUACUACGAGGGGAGGAACGGCUGGUGGCAGUAUGACGAGAGGACCAGCCGCGAGCUGGAGGACGCUUUCGCCAAGGGCAGGAAGAGCGCCGAGAUGCUGAUUGCUGGCUUCCUGUAUGUGGCUGACCUGGAGAACAUGGUGCAGUACCGCCGCAACGAGCACGGUCGCCGCCGACGCAUGAAGCGUGACGUGGUGGACAUUCCCAAAAAGGGCGUGGCUGGACUCAGAUUGGACCCUGAACCCGCCCCGCCAGUUGUUGGCGUGGCAGCUGUUCCGGUCACAGCGGCAACAGUGGAGCGGCCAAGUUCUGCUGACGGGGAGGAUGUGACUGGACGGUCGCAGGCGGGGGGCUUAGGGGUUGUCAUCCCGGCUCCUCCAGUCAGACCCCCCACAGUCCUGGGGGCCCACCCUGCCAACGCUGCCUCCAUCUCCCUUGAAGACUCUCUGUCCCAGCUCCUCAUCAGCCAACCAGAGGGGGAGGAAGAGGAGAAUGAAGAGGAAGUAGCAUCAAGCAUAAGCCAGGUGUACGAGUCAGCAUCUGGUAGUAGUGAGGAUGAGGAUGGUGGUGGUGGUGAUGAAGUAGGCCGGGCGUGGGACAGGGAGAGGAGGGGACGAGAGGUGGGGACUCAACGGAGGCCCAGACAUAGACAGCGCCGGCUCAGGGAGGUCCAGCCUGACAGACUGACACCUGGUGGCGGGUCCUCCAGCAUAGGCCUCAGUGUGCGCUCACGCAGCCCUGACGGUCAAUGCACUGUCACUGAGGUGUGACCACAACUGGACCACUGUCUCUGCACUCAACCGGCUCAGCAAAAAACAAAUUCACUCCAUGCCCAUGGUGGUAUUGAAUAACCCAGUGAAGAUACCGGAUCAGCCAGUUGCGUUACAUAUACAGUUCAGCCAGCAACAUAGGCUAAUCCAUAAUUUAUAAUACGUCAGCCAGUAAGAUUAUGCAAAAUAGCACACAUAAUGAAAUAGCCCAUACAUACUGUUCCACUCUCUGCCAUCUACAGUGAAAUUGAUAAAGUUUUGAGGUUUAGAGAUGACUUAACCUUUUAAAUGUAGCAUCCCAUCUCUAACAGGAGGCAAAAAUCGUGUUUUGUCGGUACAUUGCUAUUUACUGUAAUGAAUGUUCUAACAUCUCCAUUGAGCAUGCAUGUGUGUGUGUGUGUGUGUGUAUUGAAGUCAUAUUCCAGAUUAUUAUAAAAAAUAUGUUUCUUAAAUGUCCAAUGCAGCCAUUUUUAUGUCAAUAUCAAAUCAUUUCUGGGUAACAAUUAAUUACCUUAAAUAGCUUCUUUAUUUGGUAUUUUGUUAGGACCCACAGGAGGUCGCUGUAAGCCUGGCCACAACAGUUCUGCAAACCCACCUCAUAGAUCCCCAUCUUGACACAGAACUCGCCAAGCCACACCCGAUCAUUCAUGUUUUUGAGUUGUCUGAAGUUUGAAUCUAUUAUUUUGAUACUCUUCUGUCAAUUUCUUAUUGCCAUGUUUUAAAAGUAUUUUUGACUUUUAAUUAAUACACUUUAACUUCUGUGUGUGGUCUUGUUUAACUGUGUUGUUUUGUCAAAACAAUAAAGUGUUUGUCUGUUAUUUGA